AUGUCCAUACUAGAGGAGAUCAGCAAGCUUACACAGCCCGUGUUUGAUUUGCCCGACUUGGAAGAUGAAGAUGUCGAUGGAACUGCGUCGAAAACUCUCAAAUCUACUCCUACUGAAGGCGUUGAUGUUCCUCCUAGGCGAGUACGAAAGGCAAUAGAUCUGAGCAUCGACGACAGCUGCAAAUAUGGCGGCACAAAGGUUUCACGCAAUGACGUUUUCGAUGAAUUCUCAGAGAUGACAGGGCUUGGAGACCAGUUAAAGGAGAAUGGUGGCGAAGCGAGCAGCAGCGACGGGGAAGAGGACAGUAUUCAAGAGUCGAAUGGUGAGCCCAGAUUUCAUUUUCUUCAAUAUUCUCAACAUUUUCUUCUAUAUAAAGUGAUCCCUUUUCAAAGAGAUCAGAGAGCUGAGCGAAAGUUCGCGCAUUUAGGUGAA